GGAGGGAGGGAAAGGUUUUUAUGUCUCGAAAAAGAAAACUCUGCAGCCUGGUGGUCGAAAGAUUGCAUCGUACAAGUCGGACAAAAAAAAAUCAUGUGUGAAUGAUACCGACAGCUUUUCCCCCUCUUCCCAAUACAUACACACACACACAUAUAUAUUAAAAAAAAAGAUAGGAUUUGUUUUAUAGAUAGAUAUCCAGUAAAUACACAUCGCACACACACAUCACACACACACGUAUAUGUGUGUGGAAGAAACCAUGGCUGAGACCACCUCUACCUCUGCUAAAGUCUCUCCGUUAGAAUCAGAACUCUACUUCCUAAUCGCUCGCCUACUCUCGGCCGGUCCUUGCCAAAAGUCCGCAGAGGUGCUGGUGCGGGAACUGGAGGAGAAUGAGCUUCUUCCAAAGCGUCUGGACUGGGAAGGCAGCGAACACCACAGGAGCUAUGAAAACUUUGUUUUAUCAAAUCAACAUGUGCCUCCUGAUCAUCUGCUGCGGAUAUGCAAGAGGAUUGGCACACUGCUGGAUAAAGAAGUUCCUCCAAGUGUGUCAGGCGUGCAAUCUCUGCUUGGUGCUGGGCGGCAGUCAUUACUACGAACUGCCAAAGAUUGCAAGCAAGUCAUAUGGAGAGGCUCUGCGUUUGCAGCUCUUCAUAGAGGAAGACCGCCUGAAACGCCCAUCACUUAUGGGAGCUCACCCAGUGUUGUGGAAAUCAUCCGCGGCAGACAGAUGACAGGAUAUGGACGUUUUAGUUCUAUUUUCCCUUCUGGUACCUAUCAACAUAUCAAGAUGCACAGGAGGAUUCUUGGACAUCUGUCUUCUGUGUACUGUGUUGCUUUUGAUCGCACUGGAUGCAGGAUUUUUACUGGUUCUGAUGACUGUCUGGUGAAGAUCUGGGCUACACGUAAUGGUCGAUUACUCUCCACACUGCGGGGGCAUUCCACUGAGAUCUCUGACAUGGCUGUGAAUUUUGAGAACACAUUGCUAGCUGCUGGCAGCUGUGAUAAACUUAUCCGCGUUUGGUGCUUGAAAACAUGUGCUCCUAUAGCUGUGCUGCAGGGACACACUGGAUCUAUUACUUCCCUACAGUUUAGUCCUAUGAAUAAAGGUUCAGUGCGUUACAUGGCAUCCACAGGAUCUGAUGGGAGUGUCUGCCUUUGGCAGUGGGAUCCAGAGAGCUUGAAGUUCAACAAUCAGCCAUUGAAGUUCACAGAACGGUCUCGGCCAGGAGUUCCAAUGAUCUGUUCUUCAUUUAGUGUUGGUGGCAUGUUCCUAGCGACCGGCAGCAGUGAUCACGUGAUUAGGAUUUAUUACUUUGGAUCUGGAACUGCUGAGAAGAUUUCUGAAUUGGAAUCUCAUAUGGAUAAAGUGGACAGUAUUCAGUUUUCCAACAAUGGUGACAGACUUGUCAGUGGGAGCAGAGAUGGAACAGCACGGAUCUGGAGGUUCCAGUUCCAAGAGUGGAAAAGCAUCUUGCUGGACAUGAGUACAAAAUUACCAGGAAACGGCUUGUGUCCAGAGGAUGAUACGGUAGCAAAGCCAAAAGUGACAAUGGUAGCAUGGGACUGUCAUGACAAUACUGUCAUCACUGCUGUGAAUAAUCAUGCAUUAAAGGUCUGGAAUUCCUACACCGGCCAAUUGCUUCACAUCCUUACUGGCCAUGAAGAUGAAGUGUUUGUUUUGGAGCCACAUCCAUUUGACUCGAGAAUUAUUUUGUCUGCAGGCCAUGAUGGCAAUAUCUUUAUUUGGGAUGUUACUAAAGGCACUAAAUCUCACCAUUACUUCAACAUGAUUGAAGGCCAAGGUCAUGGCGCUGUAUUUGACUGCAAGUUCUCACCAGAUGGCCAGCACUUUUCCUGCACAGAUUCCCAUGGACAUUUGCUGAUAUUUGGGUUUGGCUGCAGCAAAACAUAUGAAAAGAUUCCAGAGCAGAUGUUUUUCCACACCGACUAUCGGCCGCUCAUUCGUGAUGCAAACAACUUUGUUCUGGAUGAGCAGACUCAACAAGCUCCCCAUCUCAUGCCUCCUCCAUUCCUGGUGGAUGUGGAUGGAAACCCUCAUCCUACAAAAUACCAGCGGCUGGUACCAGGGCGUGAAAAUUGUCUUGAUGAGCAACUUAUACCGCAGCUGGGAUAUGUGGCAAUGAGUGAUGGUGAGGUUGUGGAGCAAGUGAUUGGGCAGCAGACGAAUGAGCAGGAUGAGCAGAGCAUUGAGCACAGUGUUCUGGAUGGCAUCAUCCGAAAUUUACAACAGGAACACGACCACCGGGUGGGAACAGAACAAGGUGGACUCAACAGCCCGCACAGCAGGAUAGGCACUCCUGCAAGAGUUUUAAGGAAUCCCAGCUCAGACAUGUUGUCACUGCCCAACGUGGGAUUGCGACGCAGUGGUCAGAUUGAAGGUGUCCGCCAAAUGCAUCACAAUGCCCCCCGCAGUCAAAUAGCCACAGAGAGGGACAUAAUGGCGUGGAAAAGGCGAGUGGUGGUCCCGGAUAUACCGACGAGCUCUAUCAGAUUGCAAGAAGACUAUCGAAUUGCCAAAAGUGAGGAAGAAGUGGCCUUGUAUACGCGGGAAAAGAAAAGGCGCCCACUCCAUUCCACACAAAGGAAUGAUUCUUUGGUCUCAUCUGAACACACAAAGAGAAGAAUGAGGGCACGGCGUCGCGAGCAACACAAAUACCGAACCCGUGCUGCUGUUGAGGAAUUGGCUCAGUAUUUCCACGAAGAAGCAGAAGAGGCUAGCUCUGAAGAGGACAGUAAUUCAGCUGGAGGCUCUUCAGACGAGUGGCGGAGUGCAAACAACAGCUCAAGCGACUCCUCAAGUGAGUAUUCCGACUGGACAGCGGACGCAGGCAUUAAUCUUCAGCCACCGAAAAGACCGACCAGACGAAGACCUCUGCGUAUCUUCAGCAGCUCAGAAGAUGAACACGAUGAGCUAGCAAAGAAAAUACAACGAAACAAAAAGCCGAAGAAAUCCAGAGGACGACAGCAAAAGAGACCAAAUCCCUUGCCAUCUGGAGAGGGGACAAGUGUCGAGGCAUGGCGUCCGACUAAAUGGAUCACGGACACUGUACCACGCAGGUCACCCUAUGUUCCACAAAUGGGCGAUGAGGUUGUGUACUUUCGGCAAGGCCACGAAGCCUAUGUGGAAGCGGUUAAAAAAGCCAAUACAUACAACAUUCAUGCACACAAGCAACCGUGGCAAAAGAUGGAAGUCAGGGAUCAAGAAUUCUUAAAAAUUGUUGGCCUGAAAUAUGAAGUGGGUCCUCCUACACUGUGCUGCCUCAAGCUGGCCUUUAUAGACCACGAGACCGGCAAAAUUACUGAUAAAUCAUUUUCUCUGAAGUACCACGACAUGCCAGAUGUUAUUGAUUUCCUUGUAUUACGUCAGUUUUAUGAUGAAGCAAGGCAGAGGAAUUGGCAGUCAAAUGAUCAAUUUCGGUCAAUAAUAGAUGAUGCCUGGUGGUUUGGGAAGGUGUUACGUCAGGAGCCGUACCAGUCGCAAUAUCCAGACAGCCAUUUCCAGUGUUACAUUGUUUGCUGGGAUAAUCAUGAAAUUGAAAGGCUUAGUCCUUGGGAUAUGGAACCUAUUUCUGAAAAUGCAAUGUAUCCCAAAAACCCUGGCUCGAGUGUUCCUGUGACGGUCGAAGAGUUAGAAGCUUUGCUGUACAAACCUCAGGAGGGAGAGUGGGGCGAAAGGUCACGAGAUGAAGAAUGUGAACGCAUCAUCAGUGGCAUUGAUGAUCUUCUGACACUUGAUAUCGCAACCCCUUUUAAUGCUCCUGUGGAUCUUCAUGCAUAUCCUGUGUACUGUUUGGUGAUUGCCUACCUGUCUGACCUCAGCACUAUUAGGAAGAGACUGGUCAACAGAUUUUACAGGAGGAUCUCUUCAUUAUUGUGGGAAGUGAGAUACAUAGAACAUAACGCUAGGACUUUCAAUGAACCUGAAAGCCCUAUUGUACGAUCUGCUAGGAGAAUUACUGACCCAUUGCUUGAAUUCAUCGAAAAUAAAGAUUGCACGGAUAGUUUACAAAUUUGGCAGGACAUGAAGGAUAGUGAAUUGGAUUCUCAAGAGGACGAGGAAGAUGACACGACUGAUGUUAAUAUUCCAGGGACUUCUGUCAUAAGAAGAAAGCGAAUCAGGCGCAAUUCAAGGCGGGAAGUAAACUAUGACAUCGAUGCGUGGAAGACACAGUGUAAGGAGCUGGUGGAGAUCCUCUUUCAGUGUGAAGACUCUGAACCUUUCAGGCAGCCUGUGGACCUAUUUGAAUACCCGGAUUAUAGGGACAUUAUAGACACUCCAAUGGACCUGGGGACUAUAAAAGAAUCGUUAGAAGCAUUGAGCUAUGACAGUCCCAUGGAAAUUAGCAAAGAUGUCGGAUUAAUCUUCAGCAAUGCUAAAGCUUAUUCGCCCAACAAAAAGUCUAAGAUUUACAGCAUGACUCUGAGGCUGUCUGCAUAUUUUGAGGAUCAAAUCCGAACGAUCAUCUCCGAUUACAGAACCGCCCUCAAAUACCAUCAAAGAUGUCAACGUAAACAGAGGUACAAAAAGCGUCCACACAGUUCUGAUGCUUCCCGGUCGAGUAGCCGAGCCUCCAGUCCUGAACGAAAACGGAAACCAAUAAAGCCUCAGGCCAAAGUGGAACCUAUCGCUACCAGAUCUACCUCACUGAGUUUAUCUCGGAACAGCACAAGCAGUCCUGGGGAUAGUGCCUCCAGCGAAGCUUCCGAACAUUCUUCCCCAUUGUACAGGGUCAGGAAUAUGAGGCCGAGAACAAAUUUACUGAACAUCCCCAAUGGGUCAGCGGCUUCAUCGUCAGGAUCAGAUAGUGAAGAAUCGAGUUCAAGUUCUGCGGAAGAGAAUGAAGGCACUGUGAAAUCUACUGCCUCCUCUCCAAAUUCACAGAAUGGCUCCCUGACAGAGUCUGUGGCUAACAACAGUAGGACAAGAAACCCUGUUGUGUUAUCAAGACAAAAGCCAGAAACUGCGACAGUUGGUCCUCAGGUAAACGGGCACAGGAAAGUGCCCCGUCUAAGCGCUGCAGCGAAGAAACGCAAGAUCUUGAGUGACUCUGAUGACGAUGAAGAUGGUGGUGGUGUUGGUGGUGGUGAUGAUGAUGAUAAUGAGUCCCGUUCCGAGCAGGAGAAAGAGAGAAAUAGCGUAGUUAGGAAAAGAAAGUUUUCAAGUCUUUCCGAGGAUGAGGACUCUCCCUCUGAAGCAAGGAGUGAGGAGGACAGUAAAUCUGGCUCCAGUAGCAGCAGGAGUUCCAAGAGUGAAAAAAGCUCGGGUUCCAGCUCCAAGCUGCAAUCCCAGACAGACUCGGAAUCCCCGUCUGCUUCGGACUUGGACAGUGACUACAAUGUAAAAGCAAAGGCAAAAGUAAAGAAAGGGAAAGUGAACCGGGUUAGAAGGAAAGCAAAGUCCAGAGCAGCAGCCUCGAAAGUCACCAGUCGGUUAAAAAGUAGGAAGCGGCAAAAGAUUGUGGACAGCGAUGAUGAGGAGAAGGAGGAUGAUGAUGAUGAUGAUGACAAGGACUCUGAUUUUGCAAAGCGAGAUCGAGCUUGUCGAUCCUCUGCCAUAAAGACCAGAAAUCAGGGCAGAAGGACUGUCAGAUACGACGACGAUGAUUCAGACACUGACAGCCUCUUACACAAUGAGAUUGCCAAUUUAGCCGUGUCCAGGUCAGGGCGGGCGCGACGGAUUCCCGUGCGAGUAAGAGACUGAGAAGCAGCCAUCCGUUGGCGUGAUAUACCACUGUGAAAUUUAUUUCUCUCAAUUUCAGGGAUUAUAUUUAUAUUUUUCUGAAUUUCAUUCUUUUCUUUGGCGUAGCGGGGGCUGUUCGGGGUUACGGAAUCAUGUUUGAUUUUUGCAAACCUUUUAAAGGACAUUAUCGUCACAGCGCAUAAUAACCCAGCUGCAAAAAGGCCAGUGUAUUGGUGUCCGUGGACCACACUGGGGGGGGAGGGAGGCGUGCAGCUCAGUUUUUGUUUGCUGUUUAAGCACUACAGUUAGAGAGUAUUUAUUUUGCUGCCUUGCAUGUAUUUUUAAGCCAACAGAACAGCAAACAAAACAAAAAAAAUUCCCUUUCAUCUCUUCAGUGUUCAAAACAAAAGUGACUUUUGCAUUGAAACUUUUACCGGAUUACGACAGUAAGUAAGAAAACAUUGCCGCGUUCUAUCAUCUUUUCUCUUGGAUUCCUGACGACCACAUUGCAUUGAUUGAAUUUGUGAUCAAAAAUAUUUUGUUUCGACCAAGACCCCACGUGUGACUUUUAAUGCCAGUUUAGGGAGUUCUUGGGUAUGUGUGUUGGGGGUGGGGAGGCGGGGGGGGAGUGAGGGGGAAACUGACUUCCAAUAUUCUGUUAAAAACUGGUGUACUAUAUUGCACAAAAGCCUGUAAAUGAUUAGAAAACUCUUGGUGUAUUAGGCCCCAAUAUUCCCUAUUUUUUUUGCUGUGUGAGGUUUUAACCUGGCAGUAAAUCUAUGGGGGAAAAUUCCACCCGGGGGAGUAUAGAUUUCUGUAGCUAUUUAGAUCGUCCAGAAUGACUUUGAAGUUGUUUUUCUGCAGCUCUUAAAGCAAUAUGCAGAAAACCGUGCUUCAAAAUUUAAAGCCGCGUUUUCAAAUUUGCCAAAAUUCUGAAUGCAUUAAAAUGCUGUGUGAAUAGAGUAAAUCAUAGGCCGGAGUGAAAUUUCUACCCACUAGUACUUUUAUACAUUAAAAACAAAUUCCUUAGUGAGUGGUCAACAGUUGACUACGUCAGAUGAGCCAGCCGUUUCCUCCUCUGGUUUGGUGGGGACGGAGUGGGGGGAGAGGCGAAGAAAAAUAUGUUGAUUUAAUAUACUGCUGGCUUACUGUUGCAUAAAUUAUUCCUAAAUUUUUUCCACUUUUUUUU